CCCUUAAAGAUGCGGUUAAAAAAGCUCGAUCUGAAGAAAUUAUUAUACCAUUUGGUGUUGGCAUUGCCGGUAUGGUGGCGCAAACAAAACAAAUGAUUAAUAUACGAGAGGCAUAUAAGGAUGCACGUUUUAAUUGUGAAAUUGAUUUAAAAACAGGCUAUAAAACCAACACUAUACUAUCGAUGCCCAUAUGCAAUUAUGAGGGUGAUAUCAUUGGAGUAGCACAAAUAAUCAAUAAAACGAAUGGCUCAAAUGAAUUCGAUGAACAUGAUGUAGAAAUAUUUCGCAGAUAUUUAACAUUUUGUGGUAUUGGUAUACAGAAUGCUCAACUAUUUGAAAUGUCCGUCCAGGAGUAUAGGCGUAAUCAAAUUUUAUUAAAUUUGGCGCGCAGUAUAUUCGAGGAGCAAAAUAAUUUAGAAUGUUUGGUGACGAAAAUAAUGACCGAAGCUAGGGAGCUAUUAAAAUGUGAACGGUGUUCUGUGUUUUUAGUUGAUUUGGAUUGCUGUGAGGCGAGUCAUUUAGAGAAAAUUAUUGAAAAGCCCAAUGAAAUCCAAAGACGUUUAAGUCGUAGCAUUAAAAGUACUGAAAGUUUUGAAGAAAAGCAAAAAAUGUCCACCCGAUUUACGGUACUUUUUGAAUUGGGAGCCGCCAACCAAUCGGCAAAUAUUUCACGGCCAUCAGUAGAUGACUUGAGUAAUUCAACUUUGGCACAAAUUGCACAAUAUGUAGCUUCAACCGGAUAUACGGUGAAUAUAGCCGAUGUCCGGGAAUGGGUUUUAGAACAUAAUCAAAUUAAGGCAGAAAAUGAAAUCGAUUGCAUUAAGGCAAUACUAUGUAUGCCAAUAGUGAAUGCUCAAAAGACAGUAAUUGGUGUAGCUCAAUUGAUAAACAAAGGUACUGGUGUACCUUUUACCGAUUCGGAUGCUUCAAUAUUUGAAGCCUUUGCCAUAUUUUGCGGUCUUGGCAUACACAAUACCCAGAUGUAUGAAAAUGCUUGUAAAUUAAUGGCUAAACAGAAAGUGGCACUGGAGUGUUUAUCAUAUCAUGCUACUGCAGCACAGGAUCAGACAGAUAAACUGGUGCAGGAUGUCAUAGAAUCGGCAGAAACAUAUAAUUUAUAUAGUUUUAAAUUUAUAGAUUUCGAUUUGUGUGAUGACGACACUUGCCGUGCUGUGGUACGCAUGUUCCUGCAAUGUAAUCUGGUGCAAAUGUUUCAAAUACCUUACGAUGUUUUGUGUCGCUGGGUCCUAAGUGUACGCAAAAAUUACCGUCCCGUUAAAUAUCACAAUUGGCGCCAUGCCCUCAAUGUGGCCCAGACUAUGUUCGCCAUGAUGAAAACUGGCCGCAUGGAACGUUUUAUGAAGGAUUUGGAAAUAUUUGGUUUGCUCGUCGCAUGUUUGUGUCAUGAUUUAGAUCAUCGAGGCACUAAUAAUGCUUUUCAAACUAAAACUGAAUCUCCAUUAGCCAUAUUGUAUACUACCAGUACUAUGGAACAUCAUCAUUUCGAUCAAUGUGUUAUGAUUUUGAAUUCGGAAGGAAAUAAUAUAUUUCAAGCUCUAUCACCAGAAGAUUACCGUGCCGUAAUGAAAACUGUAGAAAAUGCUAUACUUUCCACCGAUUUGGCAGUAUAUUUCAAAAAGCGUAAUGCCUUUUUAGAACUUGUGGAAAAUGGAGAAUUCGAUUGGCAAAGUGAAGAGAAAAAAGAAUUAUUAUGUGGCAUGAUGAUGACGGCCUGUGAUGUUAGUGCUAUAGCAAAACCUUGGGAAGUGCAACAUCGUGUUGCAAAAUUAGUAGCUGAUGAGUUCUUUGAUCAGGGUGAUUUAGAAAAAUUACAAUUAAAUACACAACCUGUGGCUAUGAUGGAUAGAGAACGUAAGGAUGAAUUACCAAAAAUGCAAGUGGGUUUUAUCGAUGUAAUAUGUUUGCCGUUAUAUCGAGUACUGUGUGAUACUUUUCCUUGGAUAACGCCCUUAUAUGAGGGAACUUUAGAAAAUCGCCGUAAUUGGCAAGAUUUAGCGGAAAAGGUAGAAAUGGGUUUAACAUGGAUUGAUCAUGAUACUAUUGACAAACCAGUCGAAGAAUUUGCUGCCUGUGCUGAGGAAGAUAUAAAAGAUAUAGAAUUUACGGUGACCACCUUAAAUUGCCAUCAACAGCCGCACAGUGAUGAGACCUCUACACCGGAACACCACCGCGGCACUUCGCGUUUAAGCAUGAAAAAAACUGGCGCUAUAGGUAAAGCCGUCAAGUCGAAACUCACAAAAACUCUGUACAACAGCAUGGACGGUGUUAAGCCAAAAACUUCUCUAAAGCUGCUAGAAACUCAUGUCAGCGAAGAUCUCGAUGAUAAAAGCCCGACAAGUCCGUCACAACCACCGAGUGGUUCUACCGGUCAAAUGUCAGCCUCAUCAUCAAUAUCAUCAUCGUGUACCACCACAUCGGCAAGCGAUAAGAAUAAAAAACGUUCAAAAUUAUGUGCUCUCUUGUGACGAAAACCUUCCAAUUAGAAUUUAAAGUAAGAUUUUAAAUUUUGAAAACAAAAAUCUACUAAUUCUAAUUGGAAGUGAGUAUCGUGUAUUUUAAAGCACUUGUCUGAAGACAAGUUCUGAACAUUUUGUGGUUAAUUUAGAAAAUUAUUAAAUACUUUAAAAGUAAACAGUAAAACUUAAAUAAUUUCAGCGUAUGGAAGUAAUCAAUUUAUUUAUAUGUUAAUCCAUAUUUAGCGAACGAUUACAAAUAAAUUUGUAACAACAUCUCCUGAAUGACAUUAAGUGUUGAAAUUUCAAAACUUUCAAUUCUGUUUUCUAUGUUGGUUUUUAGUUUAAAAAAGCUAUAUUUGUAUAUAGAGAUUUUAUGGUACUUCCAUUAAAUUGAAAAUGGUUUCUUUAAUUUACAUCAUUCAGUAACAAAUUAAAUAUAUAACUAGGAAAAGUUUUAGUAUUUAGAAAAAGGAAACUUUCUUAGAUAUAGAAUGAGUGCAAACAGAACCUCUUAACAUUAGUAAGUGGCAUCAAUGGAUCUUGGAAUGUCGUAAUAUACAUCCAGGAAAAAUUAUAAAAUUGUUUCUAAAAGAAACUUUUUUUAGAACGAGUGUAAACAGAACCACUUCAGAUUCAUGAAACUAGUGAUUUCAAAUUUUAUUUUAGAUAUCUAAAUAUUUUUUUGAACCCCAAACUGUGUUUUUAAUCUUUCAAAAAUGACAAACAACUCAAUACUAAAUAAAAAUCGAUUACCAAAGUAAAUAAACUAACCAAUGUCUAAUAUCUCAAUAUUUAGUAAAGCAACCUAUGCUGAAAUAUUUGUAGAGUUAAAUAAGAAGUAGUAAAAAUCCUAAUAUGUAUAAUCAAAUACAUACAUACAAUAAAAACUGAUUCUAGUCAAAAACUUGCUUAUAUGCGAAUACAAAUAAAAUAAAAGAUUAAACUACUAAAGUUGAAAAACCCCAAACUAAAUAGAAACUCAAAGAAUAAUAAAUUUAAUUUAAAUUUAAGUAAAUUAGAGCAAAACUUUUAAAAAAUAAUCAAAAUUAUUAGUAAAUGUAUAAAUAGUUAAUUUUUUUUCUUAUAAAAAUGAAAACUAUAGCAAUAUAAAUGAUAUUUAUAGCAAAUAUAAUUAUAAUUAAAUGCUAAUAUAUAGAUGAUUAAUUGAUGUGUAAAAAAGUAAAUAUAAAAUAAUCAUAUAUAAGUCAAUUUUAUGAAAAAAAUAAAUUUUGAAAAAUCUCAAAUGAAAUACGUAUAAAAACACAUUUUGACAAGGAAAUUGUAACUGUGCGUAUAUAUAAUAGAAAUGACUAAAUAAAGCACAGUGAUUAAAAGUGUUUAGCAAAAAAUAGAUUAUCAUUUAAUAAAGAAAAAUACCUAGUUUUGUUUUACAUCUCAUGUAUAUACAAUUUGAAAAAAUAUAUCGAUACCCUAUAUUCAAAAAGUGCUAAAUCAAUAAUGUCUAGUUUUCAGGAAAGCAAAAAAACUAUUUAAUUCGUGAAAUAUUGCACUAAAAGAAAAUAUUUCUUCCAUAAUACGUUUUUAACAUCCUUACUAAUUCUUACCUAUGAAAAAAUUUUAAUAUUUUGCAUAUUUUAGCGACUUAUUUAAGAUAGCACUUUUUGGUCGACAAAAAAACAAAUACUUGUUCUAAGUUAGCAUGUUUUGUUCAAAGAAUAGAACAAAAAUUUCUUCUAAUAAUAUGCGUUAUUUUAUAAUUUUAUGAAAUGUUUUUUUUUUUUUAAAGGGAUAUAAGUCAAACCAGUAAGUCCAAUAAGAUGCAUUUACACCAUUUAAGUAGAAAAACUCAUGGCAUAUCUGCUUGUUUACUAUUCCUUAUUCUCAGUACAAAUAUUUUAAAUUAUGAAAAGUUUUUGAAUAUAAAAAGUACCAAUAUUUUUUGCAUAAUACUCCAUAAUUUGCACAUUUAAAGACUUUUUUAUAAUCAGAAUUCUAAAUUGAAACCAUAGAAUAUUAUAGAUCUUAGUGUUAUAAACGUUUUCUGAAAUAACUUUACAAUUUUCGGAAAAACAUUAUUUAAAGUAUAAAACUGGCUUUAUAUACAAAUAUAUAAAAAUGAUCAUAUCUUAAAAACUAUACAUUCAAUUUAUUAAUCUUAACCUGUUUUGUGUUCAGCAUGUC